CUCUCCUCCUUUUCCUGAGGUCCGUGAAGGGAGGGAGGCUGCUGAGGACGCAGGCUGCUACUGGAGCGGUGGGUCCAGGGCAUGCUCUGAUCACAUCAGGUUCGUAUCGUCAUGCUCGUCAACAAAGACUUUAACCUUCAAGUGGAGGAGGAUAACCCCCCAGUGAGCCGACUGACUGCUGCCAGAGAUGAGUCCCACUGCUGAUAGGACCAGGGAGCAAAUGCCCAUCUGGACCUCCACAGGGUCGAGCCAGGACAGCCAUGGCCAAGAGAGACUACCUGGUGGAGGCAGCCAAGCAGAUCCGCAUGGCUCUGGACAGGGAGGUCAGUGAAGACUAUGAGGCUGCCUUCAGCUACUACAAGAACGGGGUUGACCUGCUGCUCAAUGGAGUUCAAGUGGACCCUAACAAGGAGCGCCGGGAGGCAGUGAAGAGGAAGACUACUCAGUAUCUGAAGAGGGCCGAGGAAAUCUUUAUCUCCCACCUGCAGGACAACCUGGGGAAGGGGAACUCUCACUUAGGGGGUUACAGUAGUCUGAGAUUCCGGCCAAUCAGACACCUGAGCUCCCCAGUGGAGGAUCUGGAGAUGUGUAAAGUGGUGGGGAUCAUCGAUAAGGUCUUGAUUGUCCAAAGCCUGAUUACCAAGGAAAACUUUGUUGUUAAAAGCCUGCCCAAGUCGAGCUGGGAGAGCCGGGGCCAGCCCACUAUCAUCCCCCAGGGCGUCCCCUUCAUGGUGAAGCUGCUGAGGUACUAUGUCAGUGAGGAUGCUGUGUACCUGCAUCUGGAGCAUGUUCAAGGUGGGAAGCUUUUCUCUAAACUUCACAAGGUCAGGAACGACCGAGCCAAAGAGCACCCAGAAUGCUCCAGUCCCAGCCAGCACAGGAUCAAACUGAAGAACAGCUACACCUCCCCUACCAUCAGCUCAGACUACCAGCAGAAUGACAGAGGGGGCACAGAGAAAACCUCUCUCCUGGAGACGGAGAACGAGGAGAGUUCAGACACAGACUCCCCGGCAUUCUGGCUCGAGGCUCAGCAUCGUCUAGAAAGCUGUAGGACCCACUCCUACUGCGAGGAGACAGGCUGCCUGCAGAACAACUCCAGGUCUGCAGCGCCACACACUCCGGCGACACAGCCCUCCUUAUCUAGGUCAGACACCAGGCCCCAUAUCCAUCCAGCAGGCCUCAGUCAGUGUUUGCACUCUAAAACUCAGGACAAACCUGCUCUCUGUGGUCAUCCGUGUAUCGAUCAGGCCCCUGAUGUCACCUCUGAGCCCUCUAGGAAGGCCACUGGAACAGAAAAAAUUGAAUCCAGUUUGAAUUUCAACAUUGUGUGGAAGGCUGAUCUGACUCGUAACUGUGAAAGUCCAGCCCCCUAUGCAGGGACUUGUACUGACUCAGAUAUAGCUGCAGGUAAAUCUGUACCUCAAACAACUCAGACCUCUUCUGGUGGUACAGGGUCAACAGUGAACUUCAAGAAUUCUACUAUCAGUUUAUAUUCACAGAAAAGUUACGUUCCCAAUACAUUGCAAUUACCCCUCCAUAUUCAAAGUCAGGUUAGUGAGAGAGCAACUUUGACCUCCAAUGGCUCUCACCGAGACAGUGUUUCAGGUAGAGAACUUGAGAACACUGUGAGCAUGGUGACAGACACACACCAGGGUAGAGGGAAGGAGAAGGUAAACCAUCACAUUGAGGAGAGCAUGGUGAAUUCAGUAACCAGGGACACAGAGACUCCCCAGCCUGGCAGAGCUGUGUGUCCCUCUACAGUAGACAAGCUGAAGCUCAUGAGGACAUCCUCAGGGAACUCUCAACCCCCCUCAGUCCCUCACUGUCACAGUACUGGGACACAGCUGGGGACCCAGCCAGGCACUUCUCUGGCCCUCACAGGGGUGAAGUAUCAGGUGGGGCCUCCUGGCAGAGAGCCAGGGGAGGAGGUGGAGGAGGGCUGGGAGCUGCUGAGCCCUGUGAGUAAGGACCUCCCCCGAGAGAAAGGAUCACUAUGUUACCCCAACACCCCUGACCCCACAGGGGCCUCCCCACAGUGCCGGAAGGGGGACAUGGAUGCUUUCCUAAAGUCAGAGGAAUCGGAUGGACAGGAUGAGGAUCAAAUCAUUGAGGUGGAUGGCUGGUGCCACCUACCCAAGUUCACAGCCAAGGCCUCCAGAGGGAGAGACAGGGCCAGGCAAAGUAGCUGGGGGCUGCCUGAGGCAGAGGUGCGUCUGUUGGGGGCUCAGAUCCUCCUGGCCCUGGAGAGUCUUCACCAGCAAGGUGUGGUGUGCCGAGACCUCAACCCAAAGAAUAUCCUGCUCACGAGUAAUGGAAAGGUCUGCCUGACAUUCUUUGGCCAGUGGAGUGAAGUUCAGUCAGAAAUCAACUCUAAAGCUAUGGACCAGAUGUACUGUGCCCCAGAGAUUGGAGGUGUGUCCAAAAUCACAGAGGCGUGUGACUGGUGGAGUCUGGGGGCAUUGCUGAUUGAACUUCUUACUGGAAUGCCCCUGUGGCAGUUCCACCCAGCCGGGGUGCAUUCUCACACCCAGCUCCUGAUCCCAGACCACCUGAGUACUGCAGCCGCCUCCCUGCUCACUGAGCUACUGCAGUUUGAUCCUGGUUAUCGUUUGGGCUCUGGAGGUGGUGGUGUGAGUGACAUCAAGUGUCACCCCUUCUUCAAUGGUGUCUCCUGGAAGGCACUGUCAAGUUAACAUGCCAACAGACUACCUGUGUGUCUCUGGCCUAAAUGCAGCUUGAACUGUUCUGGGCAGCCACUGCCCCCUUGUGGCUAAAAUAGUUGAAGCCCCAGCUCUGGUGCUACUUCCUGAGCAUCUUACUUCCCAAAGAAAGAUUAUAGAUUAGAAGUAUAAUUCAGAGCAGCAGACACACAGCUAACAUGUCAACCCUGCAACAACCAACCUCCAUGUUUGAAUGAUAGAGGCUAGUGUAAACCUCACCUGUCCUUUUGACAUAUGGUAGGGCAAGAUGUUUUAAAGUUUAAAGUGUAUUCUUUAUCAGCUGACUUUUGGGGUACUUCUGUCAUAAAAAUGACAAGCAAUAUUUCUGUUAAUAUACUGAACAAAAAUAUAAACGCAACAAAGUGUUGGUACCAUGUUCCAUGAGCUGAAAUAAGACCCCAGAAAUGUUCCAUACACACAAAUGUAUUUCUCUCAACUUUUGUUAAUGUUUUUUUUACAUUCCUGUUAGUGAGCAUUUCUCCUUUGCCAAGAUAAUCCAUCCACCUGGCAGGUGUGGUAUAUCAAGAAGCUGAUUAAACAGCAUGAUCAUUACACAGGUGCACCUUGUGCUGGGGACAAUAAAAGGCUACUCUAAAAUGUGUUGUCACACAACACAAUGCCACAAGUUUUGAGGGAGCGUGCAAUUACCAUGCUGACUGCAGGAAGUCCACGAGAGCUGUUGCUAGAGUAUGUAAUGUUAAUUUAUCUUCUGUAAACCGCCUCCAACGUCAUUUUAGAGAACUUUGCAGUGCAACCAGCCAGCCUCACAACCACAUGUAACCACACCAGUUCAGGACCUACACAUUCUUCUUCACCUGCGGGAUCGUCUGAGAGUAGCCACACGAGGAAACUGUGGGCUUGCAGAAUCGAGAGCUCUGUGUGAAGGAGAUGUGUUGUGCUGCAUGAGGAAAAUGGUGGACACACCAGAUGCUGAAUUUAUUUCCUUAUAUCAAAUCAAAUGUUAUUUGUCACAUGCACUGAAUACAACAGGUGUAGGUAGACCUUACAGUGAAAUGCUUACUUACAAGCCCUUAACCAACAAUGCAGUUCAAGAAGUAAGAAAUAGUUACAAUAACAAAGCUAUAUACAGGGGGUACCGAGUCAACGUGCGGGGAUACAGGUUAGUCGAGGUAAUUUGUACAUGUAGGUAUGGGUAAAGAGUGAACUGUAAAUUCUUGCAUGGUGCAUUUAUAUUUUUGUUCAGUGAAUCCAUGAAUAUCAUCCUUGCAAACCAAGCAUGACGUUUUUUUUCAUUGUCAAAUACUUUGAGGUUAAUAAAAAAGAAGCAAAGCCUCGUA